GAUGCUGCUGUUUUGUCCACAGCAUCAUCCCUGCUGCAACGACAGACAGAUACAGGAGAAAGCUGAAGAAGGCGAGAACAAGAAAAGAUGAGUGGAAGAGAGGUGAAGGAGUACCUGUCUAAGCAUCACGUCAGCAGGCUGCUGGAGAGUCUGGUGACAGGUCUCCUCUAUCACCGCCCCGACGACCCCGUCAGCUUCCUGCUCGACUGCCUAAUCGCAACCAGACGGCUGGGGGGUCCCAAAGAGAUCACCUGGGACACUUUCAUCCACCCAGGGGGAGGUCACCUGGACCCUGGACCCCUGGGAAACAGGUGCAGCAUAAAACCCCUGACACCACCCACCUCUGCCCAUGAAACACCCUCUAAACCCCAUAAACUGGUUUCAGCACCUCCACCCAGACCUGCUGGAGCUUCAUGGGUCAAAACUGAGCUGACAGAAGACACAGAGCAUCCCAGCAGAGAUGCACCUCCUGCGGUCUGCUCCCAGCUCUCCAUAGAUUCGGACUCUGGCAUGAUGGAGAGUUCUGGGCUCCUCCAGGAGGUGACUAUCCAGAAGCCACGGCCCAUCAUUGUCUUCAUCAUUGGUGGACCGGGGAGUGGGAAGGGAAGUCAGACGGCAAGGCUAACCGACCGCUUUGGAUUCCGAGCUAUCUCAUUGGACGAGCUGCUCAAGCAGCAGCUACGAUGCGAUGCGUCUCCCAGCAGGAGGUGGGAGGUCAUUUCCGAAGUGAUGAGUCAUGGAGAGUUAGGACCACAGGAGGACACCGUCUCUGAGCUGAGGCAGCAGCUGAUUGGUCAGCAGGAUGUCCGAGGCUUUGUUGUGGAUGGAUUCCCCCGAGAUAUCCAUCAGGCUCUGAGCUUCCAGGAGCAGGUCUGCUCACCUGACCUGGUGAUGCUGCUGCUUUGCUCCAAUGAGAAGCUUCGCUGCCGCCUGGAGCGUCGAGCCACUCAGCUUGGUCUCCUAGGAGACAGUAGAUACGCCCUCCAGAGACGCCUGGACAGGUUUGAGAAAGAUAUCGUCUCUGUCAGCAGAUACUACAGACAGCUACACCUGCUCACUCAGGUGGAUGCAGACCGAGAUGAGGAAGCAGUUUUUGCUGAUCUGAGCUCAGCCAUCAGAGAGAGAUGGCUUCUCAAAGAUCCACCAGAUGCUGAUGGUGUCGCAGACUGAAGCAGCGCUGACUCCACCCUCUUUAAUGUCUCAUCUCUGAAUCAAUAUGUUCAUGAAUCGUGAAUCACAUUCAACUGCUGGGUUCCUGCUGUGUGUCACAUGACUGUAUCCUAAAUGUCUCAUUGGUGGAUGUUUCAUUAAAGUGUUUGGAGAUUAAAGUUUUAUU